ACGCAUAUAUGAUGAGUGAUACCAUGGAAAAUAAAGAACUUGAAGCAGGUAUUAAAAUGUGUCGAAUUGAAAUGGAAAUUUUAGGUGCAUGGCCUGAUACAAAGUAUAAUCAGUGGUACUUGAAAUUCCGUUACCUGGUACCAAUAUUUUUGAGCGUAUUUUUCAUAAAUAUUCCUCAAACAAGGAUGCUCAUAAUUGUCAAAAAUAAUUUAGAUGAUUUAUUAGAAAUAUUAACGACAGCAGAUUUAAUCGUUUUCAUUGCUUUGAUAAAAUUCUCAUCGAUCCUGGCAAAACGAAAAGAUCUAAUGGUUUUACUUAAUAAAAUGAGAAUUGAUUGGAAUACAGCUGAUAGAAAUCAUAAAUACGAAAUGAGAAAAAGUUUAAUUUUUAGUAAACUCUUAAUGAGUUGUUACAAUGUCUGCACUUCUGGGACCAUAAUUAUAUACGCAGCCAGCAGGUUUCUAGUUUUAAGGCAACACAAUGAAGAAACAAGAUGUUCAAACACAACUUCUAUGAAACCAAUGUUUAUAAAAAGCAAAUUUUUUUUUGAAACAGAAUAUAGUCCAAUGUUCGAAAUAAUUUGGAUUGGACAAUUCAUCGCGGCUUUUGUAGCCAAGAUGGCGUUUGUAACUUACGAUGGUUUUUUCAUUUUUUCCAUUCUGCAUUUGAGUGCUCAAUUGAUUAAUUUGAAGAUUGAUUUUAGAUCAUUGCCAGUUGAAGAAAGUGGCCAAAAUUUUACCCAGUCAUUAAAAUGUUUAGUACAAAAGCAUUGGGACUUGAAAAAAUUUAGAACUUUAGUCGAGGAAAAUUUUAAUCAAGUUUUUCUUGUACAAAUGAUGUGUUACUCUGUAACAUUAUGUUUACAAAGCUACCAAAUAGUGACUAUUUUAACAGGAGAAUCUGAGAAAAAUUCAGCAACUUUAGAAUUUAUUGUCAUUUUUACCAUAUCAAAUAUACUGAGUCUCUUCAUGUAUUGCUACAUGGGAGAAAAAUUAAGUACAGAGAGCUCUGGACUUCAUUACGCUGUGUAUGAAAUUGAAUGGUACAGGCUGAAACCAAGUGAAUCUAAGUUACUAAUGAUUGUAAUGCAUGGUACAAAAAAACCUCUCGUAAUAACCGCUGGAAAAUUUACAAACCUUUCGCUAUCAUACUUUAUGCAGAUUCUGAAAACGGCUUCGGGAUAUCUAUCAAUGUUGCUAGCAGUACAGGAUCGGCUCUGAUCACUAUUA